AUGGAAAUUCCAGACUCGGCUCUUCGAAGAUCUUCACGUUCCUGGACUCAAGAGGUUAUCCGAAGUUCUCCUGCAACUCCGAUUUUGAGGACUCCGUUUCAGUCUCUGACCCGAGAUGCCAUCCCACAUUCUGCCACAUCUCAGUGGGCCACACCCAGCAUUUCCGGUGGUGUCUCGCGAGAGCCUGAUUUGACCGCAAGUCAGAGAGCCUUGGUGAUGAGCGGAUCCGGACGGAAAUACAGAAUGGCCCUCAACAAAAGAGCAAAGUUAAUUUCGGCAACCGGCGAAGUGGACGAUGAAGGAAGACCCCUCCCGGCUGAUCCAACCAAGCCGAAGACUUCAUUGACUUUGCCCGAAAUCUACGCCAUUGCGCAGGAAGGAGACCGAAGUGUCAUGAGGGAAUGCGGCGAGCUUUUCAUCACGACUGGCACAUAUGCUUUUGAAACGAAGACGGAAUAUGCUUGGAUAUAUCUUCGUCGAGAUGAGGAGGGUGGGCUGCCGGUCACGGAGGAGCGUUUGAAAGCCUUGUUCCCGGAGUGGGAGUUGGUUUUGAAUCCUACCGAGGAAAGCCCUCUCGUCUCGCAAUCAACUCAAAUCAUGGAGAGCCCUUACAAACAAGAGCAAUCGGAUUCCGUGGAACAGCGCAGAGAUCGCGGAUCUCCAAUUGGGAACGGCAACUAUCAUUAUCUCGCUGUCAGCCCCUAUGAGAUUCGAGAUGAUCCGAGAUCACUUGAGCUUCACAGGGAACUCAUGCAGUUGCGGUACGACAAUUGGCAUUUGCAAACUGAGAUCAACUGGCUGCGGGAUGAGAAAUGGAGGUCGACCUCGGUGUUUGAACAAGCGGAGCCUCGGCGCUAUUUCAGCAUGGGAGACCUCGCAAACCCAAGCGAUGACUUCACUGAAUUAUCUGGGAUCACCCCCAAUAAACGAAGUUCUGAGGUGGCCUUUGGUCAAGGAGGUGACUUUAUGUCUAGCUAUGUGCCGGGCUCGAGGGGGGUUUUGAAUCUGAACCCAGAGCUUGAAAGAUUACACUUGGCUAGUCACCAGUCAAAUGCCAUGGCAGACCCAUAUCAGGGAGAUUGGGUUUAUGAUGAACAAUUGCAAACCCGGCAGAGGAAGCGGAGCGGAAACUUCGGUCGACUGGCGGAUGAGGGAAAUGCUCACUUCGAACAAGUCAGCCGCUGCAUUCCUGAGGAGGCACGCUCUCAAGUUUUGAGUUCGUUGUCAUCGGAAGAUGAUCUGACAAAAAUCAAACUCCACAGCUAUGGCCAGUUUGCACCCUAUUUGAUCCCAAAUGCCCCACCGUCUGUAGCGUCUUCAACUUGCCGCGACAAUGCAAACAUUGAGAAUCCAUUUACAUUGACACACGCGCGUGAGCCGCUCCAUGGCCACGACAUGAAUCGGAUCGCGGGACUGCCAGAAUACCCACCGCUAGAUGAUCAGUUCGAGGUUGAUACCCAACUUUUUCGCGAACUACGCUCCUCUCAGUCGGAUGAGAACCUUGCCCUGAACGCAUCGACUUCCUCCCUCCCGAAGCUUCCCCCGUGGCUCCGGUCAGCAAAACCGAUGGACGCUUUGGUCGAUCCCCUCUUUGAACCUAUCUCGUCUCAAUCCGAGCCUUGGCAGAAUUUGAGUUCAUUGGCAAAUAUGCAGUCGUCACCCACAAAUUCUUCACUCAUCCAAGGCGCAACAGGUGGUGCUUCAGCAGGAGAGGCAGAGAGUGCUCCAUCCGGGGGAAGUCUCAAAAUAAGCCGUAAGUGUUUGGCAGCUUUGAACGAUCCACGACUAGCAAAUGACCCGAUCCGCAAGUGGCAUGAGGAAAUCGACAGCAUGCCAGUCGGUAUCCCCAAGAAAUACGGACAAUUUAAAGUCCAAAGUGAAUUGCCAGACCAUCUUCAGUGUACCAAGCCAAACCAAGUGAUUCUGAAUGACAAGGAGCUGCACGAUAUGCUUGAUUUCGGACCAAGUGUACGUGGACUCUUUGGGAAGUAUUUCCGACUUCGCGAUGGAUAUCUCAAGCCGGAGUUUAGAUAUCUGCUGGACGAGGUGGAUCCCGCGACAGGGGAAUUCCGAUUGCCUGCUUUGCAGAUUUAUUCGCUUGACCCGCAGAUGGUGCCACACUAUAUCAAUCGGCACUAUCCGGGGUACAAGCUCCGUUCUACAGUGCGCCGCCAGCACCCAAAGAGGCAACAUUCAACAUCUGGUGUGAAGAGUGAGGAGCUUGAAGAUGUUGAAGAGCUUGAGGGGAUUGAGAAAGGUGACGAGAUUGAAGAAGCCGAGGAGUUUGAAGAUGGUGAGGGGAUUGAGGAAUGA